CGCGCGCCAGAGGGUAUGGCUCUUGAGGUCCAUUGUUUCUGUCAUGUUGUUUCUCUUGCUAGGCGGCUUAUGAGAGAGCGUUUCGUUUUGGUUUCCGCAGCUGAAGUUGGUGGGUUGUUUGUUGCUGUUCUUUGUUGCGGGAUCGGAUCAAUGGCUUCGCACGCGUGGGCUCUGUUUCUGGGUGUUGUUCUGAUGGCUUCGGGGGCAAUGGGGGCUGCUCCAAGAAGGCCUGUGGCGGUGCCGUUCGGUAGAAACUACAUGCCCACAUGGGCUUUUGAUCACAUCAAGUACUACAAUGGUGGCUCUGAGAUACAGCUCUUCUUGGACAAAUACACAGGUACUGGCUUUCAAUCCAAGGGCUCUUACCUGUUCGGGCAUUUCAGCAUGGACAUCAAGUUGGUUCCUGGAGAUUCUGCAGGGACAGUCACUGCUUUCUACCUCUCAUCUCAAAACUCAGAGCACGACGAAAUAGACUUUGAGUUCUUGGGGAACAGGACUGGGCAGCCAUACAUAUUGCAGACCAAUGUGUUCACGGGAGGAAAGGGAGACAGAGAACAGAGGAUUUAUCUGUGGUUUGAUCCCUCCACUUCCUUCCACUCCUACUCUGUUCUCUGGAACAUGUAUCAGAUUGUGUUCUUCGUGGAUGAUGUGCCGAUCCGGGUGUUCAAGAACAGCAACGACCUGGGGGUGAAAUUCCCCUUCAACCAGCCGAUGAAGCUGUACUCGAGCCUGUGGAACGCAGAUGACUGGGCCACACGGGGAGGGCUCGAGAAGACCGACUGGUCCAAGGCGCCAUUUGUGGCCUCCUACAGGGGGUUCCACAUUGACGGCUGCGAAGCAUCAGUUGAGGCCAAGUUCUGCGCUAGUCAGGGCAAGAGGUGGUGGGACCAGAAGCAGUUCCAGGACCUCGAUGCCUUCCAGUACCGGAGGCUCCAGUGGGUCCGCUCGAAAUACACCAUCUACAACUACUGCAGCGAUCGAAAGAGGUACCCCAUGAUGUCCCCAGAGUGCAGGAGGGACAGGGACAUAUGAUCAAAGCUCUAAUUUUGGCGAUCACAAGAGAUUAAGAAGCUAAGCAUGAAAGAUGAGCCUAAGAGGAUAGAUAUUGGUUGCUAAAUUGUUGUUGCUUAAGUUAUGUUUUACCACUAUUCGUUCAUCUAUUUCCGUCUCUUUGAUACAAAAUGUGUGUGGGACUGGGGCCUCAAAUUAAGCAGAGUGUAUACCAUUGUAAAAGUAAAACUCAUACCUAGUGAGCUUCUAGAUGUACUUCAUUCAUCUGCUGGGAAAUAACAAAAUUGAUUGCUAUUUU